AUGUCAAGGAUGAACCGUGUCCUGCCCAAACCAGCAUUACAAGAGCCACGUGUGAUGGUCUCUGUGCGACACCCUACCCUUGGUGUCCUCAGGAGGGCAUUUCCACCCAACUACACAGUUAUGGCGUUGUACGAUUGGGUGGGGUCACUGUUCACCCGUCCGCAACAUUUUGCUCUCUGUUUCAGCAGCCCUUAUCGCAUUGUUUGCCCCGAAGAUGACAUUAAGUCUGUUACAUCAUCAGUCCAUUGUAUGUCGGAACAACAGUUCCCCAUCUCUUUGUGCAGAGAUGAUGACGAAGUUGCGGUUUUUAAUGCUCAACCCGACACUAACGACAGUGUUGAUGACACUUUGUCCGAUUACGAGUUGGAAGCAGCAACUGAAUAUUUCAAUGGUGGUGUAGCAGCCGACACUUACAAACAACUUGAAUAGGUCCAGUCGCAUCCCCCAGCGCAGCUUUUGGAAGAUGAUCCUGAAGUCUCCACCAGUGAGCAAGUGAACAUUCAGAUACUGGAAGGCCUAAAUGCUAAACGUCGAAGUGUAAAGGAACAGUUUGAAAACGAACUGGAGAUAGUCAGGGAGGUCAGUCGACACAAUUGUGUCAACAAUAUGUUGACUCUUUUCAGGCAGCAAAGCGUUGCUGACAGUAAGCUUUGCCUUUUAUUUAAAGGUGAACAUGCAGUUGGUAGUGGUGUGCUCAGAGAGGUGUACUCUGUAUUUUGGGACAGUUUUGUUUCCAGUUACUGCGAGGGAUCCUCUCACUUCACGUUUUCUGUCACUGCUGCCAUGUCACAAGAUGACUUUGUUGCUGUAGGUCGCAUUUUAACACAUCAGUUCAUCAAGACUGGGACACUUCCGCUGCAGAUAGUGGAAGCUAUAAUACAGCAAGCCGUAACCGGACGGGUAUCAGAAGAGUGUUCGGUGCAAUCCCUCCUAAUGUUGCUCCAUGAAAAACAAAGAGAAAUCCUUCAACAAGCCCUCCUUGGUGUGAAACCAUUUCCAACCGAAGAUGUGAUAGAUAUUCUCGCAGAUUAUGGUAUCACCGCUAUUCCAUGUACCUCAAAUAUGAAGCAACUUAUACUUCAAGUAUCUGAAACAGAGCUAAUUUCCAAGCCGUUCAUGUGCAUCACCAAGUUAAGGGAAGGAAUGGGAUCAUUCUGGGAUGGUGUUAAUGCUGAAGAAAUGCAUGCUGUCUACAGUAUUUGUACUCCAACCCAUAGCAGCAUA